AUGGAUGCUUUCAAGCUAUUAACCAGAUCUACAAGGCUCAAAAGAACUUCUACAUGCGGCUCUUCAGAUCAGCUGCCCUCAGCCGGGGCAGCCAACACUCCACAAUUGUUUCCUGAUCGGGGGCAUUCUCGGCCGGAGACAAGCGAUUUUCGAGGGCUUAAACGAAAGAGAAAUGUGGGAGAGGAUCGUGAUAACCCUGGAAUUCCAGAUUUUUUCGGUUCAAAACCCACAGCCAACAGUCCGGCUUCCUCGUCCGCAAACCAACGAAGAACGAUAGAGGCGGAAGAUGAUCUUAGCUCCAACACGGAUAACGUGUGUAUGCCAGAAGAGGAGCGCAAAUCUAUUCUGAAAUCACAUAAAAUCAAAAUUACGGAUUUGGGCGCGCCUAUCCAAGCAGAUUUCGCUGGGACAUCGAAGUCAAAAAAAAGAAAGAGUCAAGUCGAAACAGCUCGGGCGCCUUUGACACGGAAACAGCGCAAGGCUGCCCAAAGGAUUUUCCCAGAACCAUUGAUUUCUUUUGGCCAACUCAGGAGCAAAUACCGGGUAUCAAAGCGCCUCUGUGAAAAUAUCUACAACCAGGGCUACACGGUACCAACGGAGGUUCAAUUGGGGUCUUUACCUUUAUUACUGGGGAAUACACCGGAAUUAAGACAGGGUCCCAAAACUCACCACCUCCCAACGGCUUCCUCAGAACCGGAGCCUGAUCUUCUUGUUGUUGCUCCCACUGGAAGUGGAAAAACUUUGGCAUUUAUGAUCCCUCUAAUCACAAAAGUCUUGAAAAAUCGCCAUGAAAAUUCUGGAUAUAAUGGGAUUUCUUCCCUUGUGAUCGCGCCAACAAAGGAACUCGUUACACAAAUUGUAAACGAGGGCCGGAAACUCACUGCAGGAACUGCUGUCAAGGUUACUGCGAUGCGCAAAGGAAUGCGCAUCACAGAGAAAAAUCACGACAAUGACAUUUUAACAGAUAAUGAAAGCAAUGAUGAAAAUCGUUCCAGCUCUGACGGUGACGAAGAAGCAGAUGAAGGAACAAGUACAAAUAUUGUACCCCUUACAAAAUGUGAUAUUUUAGUAUCCACUCCACUUCUCCUUGUCCAUGCGUUAUCAAAUGGCGACGCCAAGGAUAUUACCUCUUUACCAUCAGUCCAAACUUUAGUUUUUGAUGAAGCAGACGUCUUGCUUGACCCUCUAUUUCGGGAGCAGACUCUCGGUGUGUGGAAAGCAUGCUCUUGUCCUCAGCUCAGAGUCGGGCUUUGGUCCGCAACUAUGGGCUCUAAUAUCGAGGAAUUAGCAAAAUCAACUGUCCAAAGUCGCCAGAGUUCCUCAACCAACACUGAACUCUGCCUUUUCCGGCUUGUUGUAGGCUUGAAAGACUCUGCUAUUCCUAAUAUUUCACAUAAGCUAGUAUAUGCCGCAACAGAGCAAGGAAAGCUCCUUGGUCUGCGACAGUUGCUUCACCCAAGUGCUGCUAGUAGCACUGCAGCACGCCUUCGGCCUCCUUUUUUGAUAUUUACGCAGACGAUCGCCCGUGCAGUGGCGCUUCAUUCGGAACUUAUGUACGAUAUUCCUUCCGAGGCAGGUGGAUCAGCACGCAUUGCUGUUCUUCAUUCCGAACUGUCAGAUUCCAAACGAUCAGACGUUAUGGCUGGAUUUCGGAAGGGUGAAAUUUGGGUCUUGAUUACCACGGAUUUGUUAGCUCGUGGUGUCGAUUUCAGAGGAAUAAACGGUGUCGUGAACUACGAUAUACCCAAUUCUAGUGCCGGAUACGUUCAUCGUGUUGGCAGGACCGGUCGAGCAGGUCGGGAGGGAGGCGUGGCCGUGACAUUUUACACUAAGGAGGAUAUUCCUUACGUCAAGAAUAUCGCAAAUGUAAUCUCUGCAAGUGAAAAACUUCGUGGGACAAGUGAUCGUGACAGUAUUCCAAAAUGGCUAAUGAAGUCGCUACCAACUAUCUCGAAAAACGACAAGAAGGAUUUGAAGAAGUACGGCGUGCAGGCUCGGAGGCCGUCAGCUCAAAAUGAUCCGAAAACCGGGAAGAAAACUAGAAUUAGUACCAAAAGCGGGUUUGAUAGACGGGUGGAAAAUAAUCGCAGAGGUGCCAUAAAGGGAAACCAAAGUCGAAAAAUAAGGACGCAAUCAGGUGAAGGAGACGAUGAUUACGGCACUUGGAGUGGUAUUGAAGACUGA